AUGGUGCUUCAAGCGGCCUUUUCUCUUGCGUCGUCUAUUCUGCCGUCAAAAUACUAUAUACAUGCGGCUGUAUCGGCCGUGGUUCUCGUGGUUGUAUACGCUUUUUCGCAAGGACGAGCUACAAACCGAGAGCGCGACCUACAUGCUCGAGUGAUCCUGGUUACAGGUGCGUUCAGCCCGCUAGGGUUAGCUCUGAUCACCUCUCUGGCGUCUCGAGGUGCCCAGAUCAUAGCGAUAUCCUCGUAUCCGCUUGACCAUGCAUAUCCAUCCGUCUUGAUACCCCUUCUCCGGUCGACAACCAACAACGAGAACAUCUUUGCCGAACACGCUGAGCUGUCCAACCCAGCAUCUAUCCGUGAAUUCUGCACUCGUUUUCUCACUGGACAAGAUCAACGGCUCGAUGCUAUCGUCUUUGCUCAUGAGUAUCAUGGAAUAGGAUCUCUGUUCAACGUGCGACGCAAGUCACAAGGCGUACCCAGCCCGGCCGAACAACGAGAGACCUCAUCAUUGGCCACGUUCUUGAUGGUCACUCUCCUGCUACCCGCGUUACUCGUCGAACCCGUUGAGCGCGAUAUCCGCAUAGUCAAUGUGGUGAAUCCUUUCUACGCUGCAUCUGCCACAGUAUUUGGCAGACAGUUCACAUCGAUCGAUGCGAGUCGACCUUCAUCCCUUUUCGUCCAAGAGGGAACUAGAGCUCUCCGCACGGCCGUGCUGACUCGCCAUCUGCAGCGCGUGCUCGAUUCGUUGCCCAACCGAGCUCCUGCUGGUGCACCUCCUAGCAACGUCACAAGUACGGAAACGAAGAAUAAGGACAAGAAGAUGCUCCAGAAAGAUGUCCACCAUCCCUCCAACAUCAUUGCCGUUUCCGUGAGCCCUGGCAUCAGUCGCAAGGAUACGAUCGCGCCUUUGUUCGGUGCUGAACGAAAUGCCGAUGAAGGGUGGUCACUGCCAGGUUUUCUGCUAUACAUCGUCCUAUUACCUCUUCUUGUGGUGAUCACAAAGUCACCAGACAAUGCAAUCCAGUCGGUGUUACAUGCGCUAUUUCUCCCCACUCCUAUGAAACGCGUCUUUGCUCAGGUCAAUGCUGCUGUGAACUCUGCGCCGCUGCGGGACAAGCAAGAGGCAACAGAAAAUAGAACUUUCUAUGAGGAGGUGUUGAAGCCCGGUGCUCUCUAUCGCGAGUGUGCUGUUGUGCAGGUGGCUCUGCCGCCACUGCCAAAGAGACCCUCUCCUCCAGCCGGGGAAAAGGCAGAUAAAGGAAAGGCGAAAGGGAAGGCGAAAGAAAUGGCUGGAGUUACUGAGACUGCAUCGCAUACUGGAUUCACAGACGAUGGAGAAUUCGGUGGGGAGACGAUGGGAAGGGCUGUAUGGGAGUGGUACGAGGAUAGGCUGAAGAAGUGGGAGGCACAGGCUAAGGAAAGAGCAGGGCAGAGGGAGCAGUCAGGGAAAGAAGGGCAGCUUGCAGGCGAAAGUUCGAAGACGAAGUAA